AAGGAAGCCCAGCAAUUACGAAUCUAAUACUAGUCAAGACGAUACAAUCGAAACAAGUGGUCGCAUUCAACAACCGUGCAGUUUUCCGCGUGUUAGCCGAGUUUAGAAUGCCGUUUAAGGUCGAACAAUUGGACAACAACACGUCACAAGUCGAGUGGACGGUCACGAUCAAACCCCCCGCCAAGAAAGUGGAUGACGAGACGUCGAUAGAAGAAACACUCCAGUUAUUCCUUUACAAUUCUUUCGAGUUAUGCAAAGUUACGUGCUACUUGUCCAUCGAACAAUCGAAACUAGGCGAAUGCACAGCUUCUUUGCGAAUGGAAUGGCAUGGGAAUCCGACUUCGAAUGGAUUGGAAGGUUCUUCUGGUGGAUAUCGCCACCUGCCUUGCAACAUUUCCGUCAGCGUUGACGGAAGCCAACGCAAUCCCUUGAAGCCCGUUUGGGUCUUGGAGAAAAGUUCCUGGAAAUCGGACGCACUGGUCAUCAGCAGCAACGAAAAUGGCGAACUUAACAGCUCGCGAAAAUUGCCAGUGAAUUUGAUCUUCCAAGUUAAGUACGAGCCUAGUUUUUGUCGAGGAGAGAAGAAGGCCUUGAAGCUGCUGACAGAUUUGUUUGUUCAUCAAGUUGAUUGCGAUGUUCAGUUUCAAUUCGAAGGUGAUCGUCGCAUUGGCGGACACUCGAAAAUCUUGUCGGUUAGGAGUCAAAUCUUUGCUGCUCUAUUCCAGAAGAACACAGAUAAUGCUGAUCCAAUUGUAAUUGAAGACAUAGCUCCAGAAAUUUUCCUAAGUCUUCUCAACUACAUUUACUGUGGCCGGAUUUCAAUGCCUCUGACAGAUGAAACGGCUCAGAAAUUGUACGUUGCUGCUAGCAAAUUUGAGAUUGAAGACUUGAAGGAGGAUUGCAUCGAUUAUUUGUUGUCUUGCUUGACACACGACAACGUCAACAACCUCAUCACCUGGUCAAGGCAGCACUCGGUCGAGAAGUUGGAGAACGCGGCUCACGCCUUUAACGAGAAAGAACUGGUGGCGUCGAAAAAGGUUGAUACCGCUGCUGCAACCCAAAAAGUAAUCAAAAAUGCCCCAAUUAAGAAAUCUAGCGUAGCGCCGAAAUCUCAUCCGCCCUACUUGGUCAUGGCCGUAGAAGCCAUCAAGAUUCUGAAGCAAAAUAGCAAAGGUUCGUCUCGCCAGGCCAUUCUCAAUUACAUUGUUUCAUCCUUCAAACUCGGUGAUGAUUCGAAAAUGGCCAAUGUUCACUUGAAACAAGCACUCAAGAAAGGCGUCGCCCAACGCGUACUGUUUAACACUAAAGGAGCCCAUGGAGCUGCAGGAUCUUUUCGUUUGUUCAAUCCACAAAAAGAUGAAAUAGAUAUUGUUACUAAGAAUAAUGUACCGCCCGAACAAUUCGACCUUCCAACUGACAAGAAAGCCAAAUUGGCCGCCUCAACUUCUUCUGCUAAGAAGUCGCCUGUCGUGAGCGUGAAAAAUCCUGCACCUAAGAAGCAAAGGGCCUGCAAAGUCCUCGUCCCAGCCGAAUGGUUUCCGUGAAAUUUGAUCCUACUGAAUAUCCAUUGUAUCCAAUCAUGUCAAAUCCACCCGUCAAUGAAGAAGUACAAGCUGAGCUGUCUAAUCCACCCUUCAAAGAAGAAGUAAAAGCAGAGAUGUCCCUUCCUGCAAACUAGUAAAGCUAAUAACUUAAGAAGUUUUUUGAUUUUUGUUUAAAUUGAUUAAUUGUUCCCUCAAAGGAUUCAUAAGGAUUUCAUAUUGUUAAUUUCUUUUACAAUGAAUUCAGUUUUGUUCUUCUGGAUUAUACCAUUGAGUUGUUAA